AUGUUAAGGAGAUUGAAUGUUGCCCGGCUGAAGAUUCCUGAAGUUGCUGAGGCGUUUUGGAAGGAACUGGAAUAUACCAUCACGAAUGCCAUUGCAGAUGCUGAUGCUGAUCCCAAAGAGCGAUGGACGAAGCUCCAAGAAGUUCUCCGUGCUACUGCUUCACAGCACCUUGGACCACUCAAACGCAAGCACCAGGAUUGGUUUGACGAGAGUGACAAAAAGAUCCAGGAUCUGCUAACCGAGAAGCAUCAGACCUUUAUGGUUUACCAGAAUGAUCCUGCUUCGGAGUCCAAGAAAGCAGCUUUUGCAAAUGCCAAGGGAAAGGUGCAAAAGGAACUGAGACAGAUGCAAGAUGCAUGGUACGGUGCCAAAGCUGAGGAAAUCCAAAGCUACGCCGACCAGAAUGACAGCAAGCGCUUCUAUGAAUCAUUGAAAACGGUUUAUGGACCCAAGUGUGCUACCUUGCUCCCACUGUUGAGUUCAGAUGGCAGUCUCCUCGUAAACCGGAAGCAGGUUCUAGAUAGUUGGGUUGAACACUUUGAAGGCGUUCUGAACAGACCAUCCAUUAUAAACGAUGAGGCCAUUGACCGCCUACCUCAAAUAGAUAUCAAUGAGAAUCUCGCGCGUCCUAUAACGGAAGAGGAAGUGAAAGGAGCAAUCCACCGCACGUCAAGCGGGAAAGCUCCAGGAUCGGACGGUAUUCCGACGGAAGUGUUUAAAUGCGGGGGACACGCUCUCAUUCGGGAAUUGACUGAACUAUUCCAGAGUAUAUGGGACACGGAGCAAAUCCCUCAGCGACUGAAGAAUGCCAGCAUCGUCCGCAUUUAUAAAG